UAGAAAAUCAAGAUCUUUGUUUGAAAGCAAAAGAUGGAAGGCAACCGAAUUUAGAACUUUUUUAUUAUAUAUACGGGAUGUAUAGCUUUAAAACCUAUUCUAAAUUAUGAUCAAUAUUUAAAUUUUUUAACUUUACAUGUAGCUGUCACUAUCUUAUCAAAUUCAAAACAUAUGGAACAAUAUUCCGAUUAUUCCAACUCCUUAUUGCAAUAUUUUGUAGAAACAUUUAUUAAUUUAUAUGGUAAAGAAAAUGCAUCGCACAACCUGCACCAUUUAUUACAUAUUUGUGAUGACGCGAAAAAAUUUGGAACUCUUCAAGAAUUCAGUGCUUUUCCGUUUGAAAAUUACUUACAAUCUAUAUUAAAAAUGAUUCGUAAAAAUAAUAAGGAAUUAGAGCAAAUUGUUUGUCGUAUAACUGAAAGAAACUAUUGUAUAAAUUCGAAUUUCAGAGUAAAAUAUAACGAGCCUCAAUUUUUCAAACCACAUUCUAAUGGUCCACUUAUUAAUUCUCAUAAUUGUAAUCAAUUCGGCAAAGCGGUGUUUAAACAAUUUAGUUAUUUUUCUAUAAAUACGCAAGUUGUAUGCGACUAUAAUUUAAAGGCAAUAGAUAUUGUUGCAAGAUGGCCAGGAUCGGUACAUGACGCCACAAUUUUCGAGCAUAGUACAUUGCGAAGAAGAUUUGAGCAAAACGAAUUUAAUUCUGGAUUGUUACUCGGUGAUGGUGGCUAUCCCGUGAGGAAUUAUCUUCUGACGCCACUGAUAAAUCCAAAUACUCCAGCAGAAGAGUGUUAUAAUGAAACUCAAAUACGAACGAGAAAUAUUAUAGAGCGCUUUUUUGGAGUUAUCAAGCGACGUUUCCCAGUUUUAAGUCUCGGAAUGAGAUUGAAAUUGGAAACAGUGCAAGAUGUCAUCGUUGCAACAACUGUUUUGCAUAAUUUGGCAAGACAUCAAAAUGAGGGAGAUCCACCUGUAUUAAUAGACUUUGUUGAAGAUGAUGUGGUAAUUAACGAUGACAUUCGUGAACGUGCAAGACCGAGAGAUAAUAUGGUUAGAGAAUCACUUAUAGCUGAUUACUUUUCAAGGUUGAGACGCUGAAAAAAUAUUUUAAAGUAAUCUACAUUAUUGACAUUGCAAUGGACAAACACAUGCAAUGAUUGAACUAAGGCCAUAAUUCAGUGGCAUGAAAAAUAAAUUGUCUUAAAAUAUAAGGUCUCCUUCUUCUUGACAAUGCUUCCACUUUAUUGGCAAAAAUAUUUAUGUCCAAUGUAAUCAUGCUUAUACUAUUGUAUGUACAUAUGUAAUCAA